CGUCUAUGUGUCUAUGGCAAAGCAUUCUCUAUCAUCGAUGAGGUGCCCCCCUCAACUUGGAAUGAUCACGUGCAAAUAGGGGCUAUCAGCGUUCUCUGCUCACCCUCCCCUCUUCCCUUUGUUCUGCCACACCGCUUUCGUUUUAUUACAAGGACAACCAGAACGCGCACAUUCAUUCAAAGAGCCCCUCAGCGUAUUCAACUCAGCAAGUGGAUUCAUUCUCGCCAUCUUUUACGAGCAUCAACGGGACUCAGCUCCUCAUCCUUGACACGCACAGUCACCCAUGAUGAGGAUAGUCGCAAGCACAACAGUCUUGGCGCUCACGUUCGCUAUCGGAUCAACCUUUGCCAGAAAGUACCCCACUAGUGGACUUUAUAACGUUGACUCAAAUGUGAACCUCAAAGAUAUCCAGGGCACUGUUGCAGCGUUUGCGGACUUCAAUGGAGACAAAUACACGGACAUCAUCACCCUGAAGGAUGACCAAACUUCGUUCAGCGUAUAUCUCUGGGAUCAUGCCACAUGGUCCUUCAUUUUGUUCCCGUCGGCAACGGUCGUUAUUGCCCAGACACCGCAGCCAUUCAUCAUCACCAAUAUUGUUCCAGGGGACUUCAACCACGAUGGCAAACUUGAUCUCUUAGUUAUGGGCCAGGCAGAUCCCGUGCACAAUCCCAAUGGAGAACUGAUGAUGCGGGUAUAUUUAGGCGACAUUGACAGUGGAUGGGAUCCCAAUUUCAUCACAGUUCCGUCUGCAACCCCUCACCAGCCCAUGGCGUUCGACUAUAAUGGUGAUAUGCUGACGGACUUACUGGGAUAUGCCUUUGAGGGAUAUCAGGCAGGAGCCAGUUCAUUGUCUGUUUGGAAGAACGUGUACUCCCAAGCAACACCAGGAAAGAUCUUUGAAGUGGCACCAAUGAAUUUCACGGGCGAACCUGGACCAGCAUGCACGCUCUCUGAUCCGCACUCUAGCGCCUUUGUUGACAUCAAUGGAGAUUGUUUAGCAGAUAUCUUCCUAACAUGUUACGAUGCUGUCAAGGAUCAGCACAGCUAUGUGAUUUAUGUGAACAAUAAAGACCAGGGCUUUUCAUUCGGCGCGAGUGGACUAUUGCCCGCAGGAUCAGGACAGGUCGCAUUUGCAGACAUUGAUGGCGAUGGAGCAGUCGAUCUCGUGGUGCCUGCCUGCGAUACCAAAGGCCUUUGCUCCAUUUACGUGUACUACAACCAGCAAGUCCCAUUAUGCACAUCCAAGGGCCAGAAGGAGUGUCGUCAAGUCACGAAUCUUUGUGUGGCGGAUCCAAAUUUCAAGUUCAAUGUUGAUCCAGAUCACAAUACAGAUCCAGGGGCACUUGUGCGAUUCCCGCUGAGCGACGUGCUGCCUGAGGGGCAACAGUUGCUUCUGACGGACCCUGGAUUCAAGGGCAAACUUCCAGUGGCGGUUCAUGUGGGUGAUUACAAUCUGGACGGAUACCCUGAUCUGUUGGUUGUCAGUGGCACAGCAGGAGAUAGCAAUCAGCCCGCGAGUGCAACACUCUUGCAGUCAGUCCUGUGCUCGAGUGACGAUAGCGUAUGCAUGCCUUCAGCUGUCGCCGCCAAACGACGGACCUUUGUUAAGGUCACAGAGGGAGCGGAUGCGCUGAAUUCCGUGCAGGACGUCCGCGCUGCCGCGUUCCUUGAUCUCGAUGAGGACGGCACUGUGGAUAUUAUGUUGCUCAGGAGCGUGACUGGACAACAGGCGGCAGGAAGGGCUAUCACCAUGAUCCACAACAACUACUUCAACGACGCCUUCUUUUUGAAGACCCUUGCCUCUAACGGUGUUAGCCCAACUUGGAGCGGCCAAUACGAUACGAAGCCCGCCAAGGCUGGGGCCAAACCCUUUGGAGUCAACUAUCCAGGCGCGACGUUUAAGUUUACAGUACUUGACACUUCUGGCAAGAAGCGAGCGAACCAGGUGGCUCAGUACCCAUUCUCGACCUAUUUGGGUCUCUCGCUGCCAUACUCGCUUUUUGGAUUGGGUCGAACCAACAACUACGUGGAAGAGCUGUUUGUGGGUGUGACCAGAAACCAGCCUGAGCAUUACACGACCUACGCAGGUGUCAUUCCAAACUCACAGCUGAUCAUUAUUCCGUACCAGGCGGAGGACGAGUCGCGUCCUCCUCAGCAACCGGAUACAGAUGCAUAUGGCUUGGCUCCCGGAGAGCAGCUCGGGGAGAAUGUGUCAUCGACCUUUGCAGAGAAGAAAGGUGGACCAGACGAGUGGACACUGGAGCUGUAUGUCCGGCCAGGAGACUAUGUUCCCUGGGUGUUUGUUGUCCUCGCAACCACUAUUGCGAUGCUGGCAGGCGUUGUCCUUGGACUCAAUUGGAUGGAGAAGCGUGAAGACGAACGAGAGCGGAAAAAGGCACUGCACAUCAUCAACUUUGAUGCCCUGUAAAUACAUCUUGGCCAUAGCUUUUAUCACAUUCAAUAAGACUAACAAUUCG